AUGCGCACCAUCCUCGCCAGCCGCUCGGCGAUUUCUUUUCUCUCUGGCUCUCGACCUCGUCUCCCCGUAUUCUCACAGGCCCUCACAUCGCGUGUUUCCCCGCCAAAGCCCGCAUCGUGCUCGCUAGUCCUCCGCAGCCAAUUUCGCGCCCACCCCACCGUUCAUCUCGCUCAACCGAGGCAGGCGGCGUCGUCGCUUUGGGGUAUUGCCCUCGUGGUUGGAAUUCUUGGCAGCACUUUUCUAUUUAUCCAAUCCGACAAUCCGCCUCCUUCUCCCCCUCGAUCCGAACUGAAUCGAUCCCAGACUCAGGACCACGACUUCCUAGGCCCCAUCAACACUCUCAAAAUGUCGUCCAACAGCAUCGAAACCGGCCAUGUCGGAAACCUCACCGAGGAGCAGGAAGCCAAGCUCCGCGAGAUGUGGACCGUCAUCUUCAAACUGACCGGCGUCAAGUUCGAAGAGGGUGAGAUCAGGGGCAGGGCCACAUCCGUGACCAGCCUCAACGCCCCAGCCAGUCCGACCGACUCGAAGAAGAAGUCCAAACGAGGCUGGUUUGGCCUCGGCGGUGCCAAAGAAGAAGCCCCUGUCGUGGACAGCGCCACGGCAGGUCUCUCUGUCCUCAAUGUGUCGGAUGCCGACGACAAAUUCGGCCAGGUCAAGGAAUUCAAGCAGGCCCUGGCCGACUUGACCCCAGAUCAAUUGAGAGAGACCUUAUGGAGCAUGGUCAAAGCCGACGACCCAGAUGCUCUUUUGCUGCGAUUCUUGCGCGCUCGCAAAUGGGACGUGGGAAAGGCCGUUGUCAUGCUUGUAUCCACCAUUCGCUGGCGUCUGACUGAGAUGCAUGUCGACGACGACAUCAUGCUCGGAGGUGAAGCCAGCGCAGUCACACAGUCCGAAAGCAAAGAUUCCAGCAAAAAGCGACUGGGCAGCGACUUUAUGCUGCAAAUGCGCAUGGGCAAAAGUUUCGUCCACGGCGUCGACAAACAGGGCCGUCCGAUCUGUCUGAUUCGUGUGCGCAUGCAUAAGAUUGGAGCCCAGGUUGGCGAGAGUGUAGAGAGAUUGACCGUUCAUAUGAUCGAAACCACAAGGUUAAUGCUUCCUCGUCCAGUGGAGACGGCAGUGAUUAUCUUUGACAUGACUGGCUUCACAUUGGCGAACAUGGACUACACACCCGUCAAAUUCAUCAUCAAGUGCUUCGAGGCCAACUACCCGGAGUCUCUUGGCGCCGUUCUCAUUCACCAAGCACCAUGGAUUUUCGCAGGAAUCUGGAAAGUAAUCAAGGGCUGGCUUGACCCCGUCGUCGCAGCCAAGGUUCACUUCACCAACUCUGUAGAAGACCUCGAAGUGUUCAUCGACCGCAGCCGGAUCCUCAAGGAACUUGGUGGAGACGAAGAAUACAACUACGAAUAUAUCGAGCAACAGCCCGGCGAGAACGACGCGUUGAAAGACACUCUCAAGCGGGACGAACUCCUCGCCAAGAACAAAGCCCUUGCGACAGAAUACCAAGAAUUAACCAAAGCGUGGAUUGCCGCUGCCAACAAAGACAAGAAGGAAGAAGCGGAAGCCAUCAAGCCGAAGCGAGAGGAGCUCGUCGACCGAAUAGGCAAAUCCUACUGGGAGCUCGACCCUUAUAUUCGCGCUCGCUCGUUCUACGAUCGCGCUGGCGUGAUCAAGAGCGGUGGUGUGGUCGACUUCUACCCUGAGAGAUCAGCGCUGAAGGAGAACGGUACAGCCGAGAAGAAGGAAGUGCCUGUCGUGAAUGGCAAUGGCACAGCCCAUGUCACCGACGAGGAGAAAGCUCCUAUAACGGUGUCCGCAGAGGCACCCGCUGUUGCUGCAGCCUCAAAUUAA